AUUUAAAUGCAAGAUUCAUAUUUUCCAUUAUAUCUUCAAGUUUGCUGAUUAUUCAUAAAACAUUGUCACUAGUUCUUUCGUUGUAUUUUUAAAAAUUAAGUUUUGAAUUCUCGGGAACAUUUUCCAGCACUUUUAUACAGUCGCUAUAACCGCGUAUCGAUAGUUGCUAUAUUGGUAAACCUAUCGAUAGUUUACUAGAAGAGGUCGAAACAUAUUUGAGCCCUGUCCAACACUGGAGGACGCUGAAAAAAGUUUGAGCAAAAGUUAGGAUCGGUUUGUAAUUAAAAUUAACCAUGUCCAGAGGAGCUGCCCUAAAUAGAAACCACAAACUAAACCUUAUUUCCCUGAGUAUCAACGAUUGUUUGGGUUGCGAAUCAGUGAACAUAAAUUUCCCGACCGCCGACAAUGUGCAUAUAAUCAUCUAUGAAGUGUUCAAGGAUCUGCCAGUGGAUAUACCUGCUGUAAGUCCCGUGGGACAGGCCAUCCUUCUGCUCUGCUCCCUAACAUAUCCGGAUGAGGAAAGUCUUUCCAAGGUUCCGACGCUGAAAAUUGGCAAGGGAAGCGUUUCUAUGAAGUUCGAGCUGCAUCCCAUGGCAAAGGGAGACAACACCCAGAUAACCGAGGAGGUGUUAAGCGAUCUGGAUGAGACGCCCAGCACCUCAAAGCAGGCAAUGGAGCGUCUGAAGAGGCGAAAUGAGCGCAAGGUCAAGGAGGCCUCCUUGAGGAUGCUCCAGUCCAAUGUAAUCAGUGUGACCGUGAAGCGCCGCUUCGAUUCCUUCUCCUCCCUGGACUCUGUGUCCUAUCAGAUGAAUGGGGGCAUGAGCGAAACCGCCAGCAUCCAGGACUUUCACGCCAAGUUCUUUGUGCGGCCCGAGCACUCCACCAAUUAUUUGAGGCAUCUCUACCAGGAGUGCUCCGGCAACUGGCUGAAGGUCAUCCAAAGCGAUGGCGGGGGCGACGCCUACAGCAACUUCAAAGACCCCGACAGCCCCUUCGAGACCUUCGUCAAGCUUUUUGAACGCCAGGCGAUGCAACCACAGGAUGUGGUCUGCAAAUUGGUCAAGACCUGUCUACAUGUCAAUGAGGCAGUGCGUCUGGCGGAGCGAAAGUUUAUAUUGGAGGUGUUCGACCAGGUGCGCCGCAUAUUCGAGUACAUCACGGUUAACGAGUACACCGUUUGGUUUUUGGUUCCUUGUCUGAACAAUAAGGAUCAACUGCGACCUAUGAACAUCGACGACUUCGAUUUAACCAAAGUGAGAACCACUAUUCGAGCCGCCGGCGAUACAAGCAACAUAUACUGGGCUUAUACUGAUCACAAUAUCCAGGACUUGCUAAUGGUGGCCUUUCAAUUGGCCCUGGCCACCAAUGUCAACCAGUCGGUUCUGAUUAUCAGCCAUUUGGAAACGCUCUCCGAUUUUAUAUCCAUGCAAUAUGUGACGGCCAGUUUUAUGAACGAUUUCUACAUCGAAAAACACUCGGAUCCUAAAUGGAUCUGCCAUCGCUACCUACAGCGCAUCGUGGAGAUGGCUAUGUUUUUGGGCACAAUCGUCAUUAUUGAGUAUCCCAGUGCUUUUACACUGUUGCAAAAAGGUCGCCGGCUGAUCAAGUGUUUUCAGAGAAAGAACAGGGGAACUUUGGGUGAAAUACGAUGGGAAGUGGUUGAUGGUGUUGUCCAGGACAACGAGUCUCUCGAGUGUCUGAAGAGGGCCGUCGUCAACAAACAGGAGACCGUGUAGUUUGCAAAAUAUUUAUUAGCUUCGCCUCGAACCGAAUUCAUUUAUCUGCCGUCUGCGGCUUUCACACGCAAAUAUUUCCAUGCUCAUUUUCUAAUUACGCCACAGCUCACGGGCCAGCUGGAAACUCAUUCUUCAGCUCCAUUUCAAUUAGGGUUUUGCCGGCUGUCAGUUCGAGUGCCAGUGGUGGAUCAGCCGAGGGUCCUUGCGCCACCAGUGCACCACCCCGCACAAAUGCAGCAACUACAAUGGCUGUCAGGCAAGAGGCACGCGUCAUUUGCCGGCGAAAUGCAUUUUGCGCGAAGCAAGACCAUUUUUAGCUAAAAUCACCCGGUGACCCAGUUGCUCGGCUGGGCGCCCGGAGAUGCAUCCUGAUGGAAUGCUGACUGACUGACUGACUGGCUGACGGACUUGAAUGAUUGGCGGUUGUUGGGGCAAUUCUUUUUGGCGCUGAUGGCUGGAAAUCAUUCUUUCUAAAUUUUCCUUUACCAUUGUUCUUAAAAUUUAAAUUAGUGGGCGAGGCGAAGUUUUCUAUUUGCUUAGUGUGACAGUUUUUCAAAUUG